AUGCUCCCCUCUGUCCGACCUAUCGCUGUUCUCGCCGCUCUUCUGAGCACAAUCAGUGAGUGCCAUGGAGCAUCUUUCAGCCCACCCACCUGCGUGGGUGAUAUAACAGAAUUCCCAAACUGCGAAAAGGCCGAUUCAAUUGCUCGGAAGUGCAGUAAUCUUUCAAAGCAGGAAACCAUCGACUGCUUCUGCACCCAAGAGCUUCUGAAUGCCUACAUAGGGUGUAAGGGUGAAUUCAGGCAAUGCAUCAUGGGCAAUUCAUACGAUAGCUCCGUCGAUGACAUGAUCGACGCUUGGCAGGGCGCAUGUGGUCCGUAUGUCUCCGACAUCACGACCCCAGUUGCUUCCGAGGCGACAAGAACGUUAGAUGAAGACACAUGCCAAACUAUAGCUGAGAGCUGUGGCCAACUGAGCGCGUCAAUCACCUCUUGCUCUUCUGCAUACGACCAGGCUGCGCAAAUCACCAGCUGCCGCUGUCAAGAGUCGCUCGUCUCCCUCGCAUCGGUGUGCGACAUCGACGGGUCGCAAUCUUGUCUAGGAAAAACCCCCAUUACGUCCAACAUCUGGGAGUUCCGAAACUGUAAAGCUGCUACUGACGUUUUAAGCACCUCAGCGGACACGGCCACAAUAACAACGGCGCCUGAUACUUCUACCAUCGAGGAUAUUACCACGUCCUUGAGUUUUGGGCCGGACUCCACUGCUUCCUCGACUACCACCAGCGGAACUGUAUCCAUGGGCCCUAAAAUAGGCUGGAGAGCUUCGUUUAUGCUUUUCUUGACCUUGAUCUAUUUCUCUUAG